AUGGUCGCGGAGAUGCCGCCGGCCCCGGCGGGCGCGCUGGUGGCGGUCGGCAGCGCGCAGACGGCGGACGCGGCAAAGGGCGUCCACGAUCUGGAGGCGAUCAAGAAGCUCGCCACGCAGACAAAGGCCAUCGGCGUCAUCCUGCCGCCUCCUGACAUCCGAGCGAUCGUGGAUAAGACCGCUCAGUUCGUGGCAAAGAACGCAGCGGCAGCAGAGCGGCUGAAGCAGCAUUGGCAGAUGGCAACGCUGCAGCAGCAGCAGCAGCAGCAGUAG